AUGCGUGCAAGAAAAGAUCCUGCCUUUUGUGAGUACUUACUAAGGAUUGGAGAUGGAAUAGAAAAGGUUAAUGAAUAUGGAAAAAUUGAAGUUCCAAAAUCUUUCCUUAUUCCAUUCACUAAUGAGAAAGAAUCAUUGCAUGUUCUGUUCAAAACUAUUUAUCCCAAUUUAGAUGCACUCAUUUAUGAUACCUCCUCAGUUACAUCUCGCGCUAUCUUAACAACCAAAAAUGAUUUUGUGAAUGAAAUUAAUCAGAUGUUCAUAGAUCAGUUUCCUAAAACUGCUAUGACAUUCAUAGGAAUUGACGAAACUGUAGAGCCAAAAGAUCAAAGCCAAUUUGAAGAUUUUCUGCAUACUUUGAAUCCUGCUGGUCUACCUCCAUACAAGUUAGUUCUAAAGCAAAAUUAUUCAAUUAUGCUACUGCGCAAUUUAAAUCCUUCCGAGGGUUUAUGUGACGGUACCCGCUUAAUUUGUACUGAUUUCAAACCUCAUGUUAUUAGUGCUAAAAUUGCAAGUGGUGACUUUAAAGGCAAACAUGUUUUCAUUCCUCGAAUACCAUUAUUAUCUUCACAAGAUGAAAAAUUACCAAUUCCAUUUAAGAGAACACAAUUCCCAAUUCCCAAUUCGAUUAUGUUUUGCAAUGACUAUAAACAAAGCUCAGGGUCAAACACUAGAUUUCGUAGGAAUUUAUUUACGUGA